GAUGCAGAACGAAGACGUUAGCUUGAAGCCCAUUGACGAAAAGCGUUUACCUAAUAAAACUAAGCGUUACAAAGAGAAAAGAACAAGAAUCAACCAAAGAGAACGUCAGCGUAUGCAUGAUCUGAAUGCCGCAUUAGAGGGUCUGCGUCAAGUAAUGCCCUACUCACAGUCAACUUCUCUAAGGAAACUUUCAAAGAUCGCAACUUUACUGCUUGCAAGAAAUUACAUUGUUUUACUACAGCAAACUAUGGAAGAACUCCGGGCUAUGGUAAACGACGUUUACACAUCGAAAACGCUUUCUCAAAACAGACUUCAUUAUUAUUCAACGAUGUCUCAACAAAUUCCUUAUCAAGGAAGUACAUUGUACAAUUUUCAUGGAUUAAAUUCUUAG